GCGCAUACUUACGCGACGCGACCGGAAUUAGUCGUUCCAAAGUUCGACGUCGCUCGAAAAAACGAGUCAUUUUUUGCGCUUCUGCACUCUCAGUAUUUUCGCAAGAACAUUGUUUUUCAUUGAAAUGUCUUCUCCAUGGAAGCAGUUAGAGCGUCGUCUACCUCCAUUGCCCGGCAACUCAUCACAGUCUGUCUUUGUAUUGAAUCGAAGUGAAGAAACGUUUGAUUCCAUUUCCACACGACCACAAACGCAGCCAGGCCCAGGAAGACCUCAUUCGACACGGGAUCGCUGGGAGACUGAUCGCGGAAGGAAGGGUAUGGCGUAUCAAACCGGGAUUCUUACCACACCCAGAGAAGUAAAACGUUACCUGUCUGAAAACCCCUGGCUUGUUGAAGAGUUUGUAAAGGAUAACUACAAUCAGGAGGAUGUACAGAGAUGGUUCCUGAAAGAGGAUAGGCCUAAAAAUAAAGGGGAGAAAGAGAGACCGUCCUCAGUGAAAGAAGGAAACUUGCUGUGUCCUAGCUCAGGAGAUGAUAUCAAGACAUUUCUGGUUGACAUUGUUGAGAGAAUAGAGGAACAAGAUGGCAUACCUGAUGUUCUAUAUCAACUGUGCUCAAACAUCUCAACGGCUGUGAAAGCUGAUGAAUUCUUUCUCUUCAUGGUUGGUGCACAGGAGAAUAGCCUAUAUUUGUGCAGUGAGGGGGAAGACUGCAUCCAGUUAAUCCCUUUUGCUCCGAUUGAUCCGGGUACAAACAUCGUUGCUCAUGUAGCCUACAGCAGACAACCUGUAUUUACAGAAGACAUCUUAGGGGAUGAGCGUUUUCCGUUGGGUACUGGCAGGGAUGGUAGUCUUGCCAAGUCUGUCCUGAGUCUACCUCUAAUACAACCUAAUGGGGAAACUGUGGCUGUGAUAGAAUUGAGUCGUUAUGUAGGUAGCACUCCAUUUACACAAGAAGAAAAACAGAUUGCAGGUACAUACUUCACUUGGCUAGGCAUAGCUUUGGACAAAGUUCAGGUUUGCAAUGGCCUCAUGAAACAGAGGGAGUUUAAUGACUUUCUUCUUGAAGUAUCUAGGGUAAUCUUUGAUGACAUUGUAGCAAUUGAUGACCUCAGCAAGCACAUUAUGAUGUUUGCUAAGAGUUUGGUGAGUGCAGACAGGUGUGCCCUCUUCUUGGUUGAUAACAAGGCAGAAGAGCUGUAUGCUGAUCUAUUUGAUGAUGGAAUUGAUAAGGAUGGGAAACCAGUCUUCGUCAAGAGGAGCCAGAUAAGAUUCCCAAUAAGCCGAGGCAUAGCAGGACAUGUUGCUAAGACUGGCGAUGUGGUCAAUAUUGUAGAUGCGUACCAAGAUCCGAGAUUCAACAGGGAUGUGGAUGUGCAGACCGGCUAUGCCACUCGGUCCAUCCUAUGCAUGCCUAUCAUCAGCCAUGGUCUCGUCAUUGGCGUCGUCCAGAUGAUCAACAAGAUGGGUCAAGAUGGCCAAACUGCUGCCUUUGAUCAGACCGAUGAGAGUAACUUCAAGAUGUUUGCCAUGUACUGUGCUCUAGCUCUACACUAUUCUAGGGGAUUCUUGAAGACAUUACGGAAUGGGGUCAGGGUGGAGGGAGAGAUUAGUCUGGACGGUCAGAUCACUGCCUUUGAUCAAACCGAUGAGAGUAACUUCAAGAUGUUUGUCAUGUACUGUGCCCUAGCUCUACACUAUUCUAGGAUCUACAGUGAAAACCAGCAAUCGGAAAGACACCUAGCUGUCAUCCAAGAGCAGCUUGUCUACUUUACAACCUGUAGUGAGCAACAGGUUGAUAGACUCCUCAAUAGCUGGAAUAAACAGAGCUUCAUUGUUCCACCAGAGAUUGAGGGGUUUGAGUUCCACAGCAGACCUUAUGUGAGUUCAUUGAAUGAGCUGUUCAUCUACAUGGUGCAGAGACUUUUUGGCCCAUCAAGCUUUGAUCUGACGACUCUAGCUCGGUUUAUCCUAACUGUGAGAAAGAACUACAGACUGGUUCCAUUCCAUAACUUCUGCCAUGCGUUUGAUGUCUGUCACUGUAUGUUCAUGCUUCUCUUGCACAGUGAAGGAAGAUUCACAGAUGAGGAGAUGUAUGGCAUGUUCUUUGGGAGUAUCUGCCAUGAUAUAGAUCAUCGUGGUCUGACCAACAGCUUCCAUGCAAAGUUUGCAACCCCACUUGGUAAACUCUACACCUCCUCCAUUAUGGAAAGACACCACUUUGCCAUGACGGUAUCCAUCUUGCACCGGGAAGGACACAACAUCUUCUCACACCUUCCUUUGAAUGUAUUCAAGAAGGUUAUGGAUCUGAUGCAAGAGAUUGUUAUGUCAACAGACCUGACGACCUUCUUCCCAAACCACAAAGAGCUGUCCAAACUCAUCGUUGCUCAGUCCCUGGACUGGACCAUUGAUCGUCACAGAUGGAGUAUCCGCUGCAUGUGUAUGACAGCCUGUGACCUCUGUGCAACUUCAAAGAUGUGGCCAAUCCAACAACACAUAGUAGAUUGUCUCUAUGAGGAGUUCUACCAUCAGGGUGAUCUUGAAAAGCUACGAGGGGAAAGUCCUAUCCAGAUGCUAGACAGAGAUAAUCUACCAAAUCUAGCACAAGAACAGGUUCAAUUCCUGACAAACGUUUGUCUACCAUGCUUCAGUGACAUUGUGGAUAUGCUACCUGCAGCACAACCCCUCCUGGCAGGAUGCAAGGAUAACCUCCUUCAGUGGCAGCUAGUACAGGAAGGCAAAUCAGCAGCCAUGUGGAACGUUGAAGCAUCAAGAGUAAAAGAUCCACAAUGAUAUCUCAUCCAUCUGUUCACACCACUUCAUCUAAUUCUCUUCAAGCAAGCAAGACCUUUAUAAGGCUAACGCACAGGCCCGUAUUUUGAGCCGGGGUUGAAUUUGACUUUGGUCUAAAUCUCUUGUUGAACUAUGGAUAACUAAUUGUGAUAUUUUAAUUUUUCAGCACUUUUCAUACUCAAUUGAAAAUUGUCUUGGUAAUUGAUUACUAUAUACAUGUACCUUUUCUUCACCACUAAAGCAUGAAGUAUGACUAUUAAUAUACAUAUGAAAUAUUCAGUGUAAACAGACAUAUUGGUUACCCAUAAUUUAAGCCCAGUCUUGUAGGGCAUUGCAUGAGACUUGCAUUCAAUACCAAAUCAAAUUUACGUAUGUAUAAACACCCAAUGCAAAUCCUUUCAUUAAAUGCACAUUUUUGGUUGACUUGCAUUUAAUCCAAUGUGGCAUUAUUUAUGUUUGAAUUUGGAUUUACACUUGGCUUGCAGUUUUCUUGCACCAUGCCUUUCAUUGAAAGCAGUCCAGAAUAUGGGCCAUACCCUCGGCUACCAGAAUAGCAACA